ACACGAGGCGGCAACCCGGCCGACCAUUCUCGUCCCCUCCCCACCCUUCUCCUCUCCGUCGCCGUAGAACGUAGAUCCACCGCCGCCGCCGCUGCCGACGACGACGACGAUGGGCUGCCUGCUGGCGCUCACCGACGACCUCCUCGCGGACAUCCUCAUCCGCCUGCCGUCGCCGGCGGACCUCGCGCGCGCCUCCGCCUCCUGCGCCUCGCUCCGCCGCGUCGUCACCUCCCCGCGGUUCCUCCGCCGGGUCCGCUCCCUCCACGCCCCGCCCCCGCUCGGCGUCUUCGUCCCCGACGCCGCCGCCGGGUUCUUCCCCCCCCCCCCCCCCCCCCCCCCCGCCCCCCCCCCCCCCCCCCCCGCCCUCGCCGCCGACUUCUCCUUCGCCUUCCUCCCGGCCCCCGCGCGCGCGUGGCUCGUCCGCGACCACCGCGACGGCCGCUUCCUCCUCGACCGCGCCGCGCCGGCCGGCUCCACGGCCUUCACCGAGGUCGCCGUCUGCGACCCGCUCUCCCGGCGCUGCCUCCUGCUCCCGCCCAUCCCCGACGCCCUCGCCGCCUCCGUGGACAACCCCUACCUCCAGCGCGGCGGCGACGACGGGGGGCUCCAGUCGCGCAGCAACGAGAUCUUCCUGGCCUCCCGCGGCAACGACGACCGCGGCGAGGAGCUGCCGCUCGCCGUCAUCUGGAUGGCCUGCUGCCGAGGGAAGCUGGUCGCGUUCUACUUCUGCUCUGGAUCUCGGGAAUGGAGCGCGCUUUCGCCGCCGGUGCACCACGCGCUGAGCAUGCGGAGGGUCAUGGGCGUCCGACUGGGGCAACGCAACCAUGCCCAUGGGUGCUUCUACUGGAUGAUAACUCUCACCCGGAGGUGGCUCGUGCUGGACGCCCGCAAAAUGGAGUUCUCCAUCCUCGACAUUUCUCCUGUCCUGGCAGGCCGCUCGAUGAUGUUCAGUAAUCAGAUCACCACUCUGGAGUCAGGGGAAGGCAGGACAACCGUUGUGGUUUCGGAUCUUUUUAGGGCGGAUAAAAGAUGUGUCCUCUACUUUUAUUCGUUCAUGCAUUUCAGUGACCGGUGGCAGCUGCAGAACAAGAUCACCUUGCCCGAGGAAUGGGGAGACCGGUUUCGAGGCAUCAUAGGUGCAUUUGAGGGCUGCUUAUACAUAAAACUAGAUCAUCCAAAGCAGAAUUUGGGAGAUCCUGUUGAGCAAAAUGUCACAUACUUUUGGUUCGAUCUCAAGACUAUGCAGGUUGGUAGGUUCACUGAGAUAAGUUCUGCUACUGUGAACGAAGCCUACCUUUACAUGGGGUUUCCCCCAUCACUGUCACUUCCUAGUGUUUGAUGCGAUGGACGACCGAUUUCUGGAUUGGCUGGUUCAUUGGAGCUGGAAAAGGGUGCAUGAGUAAUGUGUCACUCUUUACAGCCUCACUGUCUUUACUAGCAUUUUUGUAUCGGUACAACUGUUAUGGGGGAAUUGUUGCAGCCCUGGAAGUGGGGAAUAGAAGAGGAUUCACUUGGAUUCAUUUUUGAGGAACACCAAUUCAAGAGGAUUUGGAUGGAUCAUUUAAUGUUUCAUUGUUCCCAUACAGUCGUACCAGCAGUUAUGUGUCACAGCUAGGGUCUGAUCGAGCCCAGUCGAGUGUUGAUGCAUGCAAAUUUCAGCUGUAUGCAUUAGUUCCUAGUUGGAGUUUUGCCUUCAACCAUUAGAUUUCCUGAGGUUCAAUGUUGUAUGUACUAUGUAGUGCUUUUGUUAGAUUGAGGUGUCGUAUUUAUUUCCAUAUACACUUUAGAAAAAUUCUACUUUGCAAGGUGUAGUACUGUAUUCCAUAUACAUUUACCUGAAAUGCCAGUGGUACUAAUAGUAUUUGUACUAAGGCCAUCUAUAUUCUAGGUGAGGAAUGGACAGUCAGUGAGGCUAAUGAGUCAUGGGCUCGAAAACCAUGCAUAAUGGUGCUUCUACUAGAUUGUUCCUCUCAUGCGGAAGUGUACUGUAAUAGAUAUGCAAACAAUGGGGUUCACCAUCUUGACAAUCUUGUUAUCAUGUCAGACUAUAUAGCUGCAUUCAAUUAAUCAGAUAAUUUCACAGAAGCCAGGACAAAGUCGUUACCAAUAUUGUCUACGAUUUCUUUCUGCUGGAUGAAGCAUGUCUAAUUUUUCUGUAUGUUCAUGCAUAAGUCUGCCAAGUGGCAUUUGCUGAACGUGAUCACCUUGUGAAUUGUGGCUUCAGUUUAUGGACAUCACAAGGUGCAUGCAUAUCCCAAGGAAUUCAGCAUAUGAGAGUGGAACAUCCGGCUGAAUAUUUCUUGCUUUAUGUUUGUCAGAAUUGCAUUUCUACAACCGUUUCCCCAUCAUUGCCGGUUUUGUCACUCUCAGUAUAUGAUGUGACGUGGAUUGACAUCACUGAGUGGGGACAUGACAACUGCUAACCAUUCAUUAACGAUGGCAGAAGCAACAUAGAGGAUAGUGACUAUCGUUGGCACAGGAGACCUACUGGAA